AUGGAUGCAAGGAUACACCAGUUAGAACAGGAGAAUCGGGAACUCCAUGAAACUUUAACAGCCUUGCAGUCAAAUAACAAAAAGCAUUGUAGCACUUGUACUCAAACUGAUGUAUAUGUUGAACAUUUCAAUGUUGAAUCUGUGUCUAAUUCUAAAAUCAAAAACCUGUUCCAGUACUACACAGGAAUAACAUAUUUGCGAUUUUUGAUGUUGAUUUCAUUUUUGUUCCCAAAUGGAACUCUCUCAAAUGUGAACCCUGUUACUUAUGACUCUAAUAGAGAAGAGGUUAAGAGACUGCCUGUUGAUCAGCAAGUGUUUUUGUUUUUAUGUAGAAUAAGAAAUGGACUUCAAGUAAAAGAUCUGGCUUGUAGAUUUAAUAUAAAGAUUCAAAGAGUAUCAACAAUUCUUAAAGGUAUCUCCAAGUAUAUGUAUUUACGUCUUGGAUCACUUAGUUACUGGCCACAUAGAAGUGUAUUUAUUCAAAACAUGCCUUCUGUAUAUAAGGAAGAGUUUCCUAAUUGUGUUGCUAUUAUUGAUUGUACUGAAAUUAAGAUUCAAAAGCCAUCAUCAUUGUUAUGCCAAAGUCAAUGUUACAGUGAAUAUAAAUCAGCAAACACUUUAAAAUCUCUUGUAGUGUGUGAUCCAAGAGGGUCAAUCUUAUUUGUGUCAGAUUUAUACUGUGGAUCUAUUUCAGACAACGAUAUUUGUGUCAAAAGUGGAUUUUAUGAGUAUCUAGAAUCUCUGAAGCAGCGAGGAUAUUUACAUCCAGGAGACUCUAUAAUGGCAGACAAAGGUUUCCGAAUCGAGGACAAACUAGCUGAAAUGGGACUUAAGCUAAAUAUUCCUCCAUUUGCGACUAGUGCCCAUUCGAUGAGUGCAGCUAAUGUGACUCUAACAAGGAAGAUUGCAGCUCACAGGAUACAUGUGGAGAGGGCAAUUAACCAAAUUAAAUGUUUCAAACUUUUCAGUAGAAAAAUCCCUGUCAGUCUAUUGCACACUAUUAAUGAAUAUUGGGUUUGUGCUUCUCUUCUUACAAACUUUCAAGAUCCUCUUGUGAAACAGCCAUAGCAAGUAUCUGUAUGUAUUGUUAAUUUGAAAGUUGUGCUUUUGAAACUGGCUGAUGUAUAUCAGGCUUUGUAAGGGUAUCAGUGUACUGUG